ACUUUACACGUGUACAGUGGUUGCGUCGGAAUUCUGAAUCCUUCACUUUCACGGUGAAGGCGGCAGAGCUCCGGUCUCCAUGGGGGUGCAGCAUAAUAGUCGGAUCUGCCUGCUAGAUUUACAACAAGGGCAUCACGAGAAACGCUUGGAGCAACACCCCCGCCCUACGCCGGGUCUCCUACCCUUUCUUCCUCAUCCACCCCGCCUGUCCCCGCCAACUUUCCCUUCCCCUCCCGCAAAAACGCGCCUUUAAAUCCCACCCAUGAACGCGUAUGAAGCUAGUGAGCACCCACGCGCCCCCUCCGUCCUGUAUUGGAAGUGACGUCCCCCCUCUCCAUCCCCAUUGGCCGAAAGUUUGGGAAAGGGGCGGGGUUGGGGAAUAUUCCGCUUCCCCAGGAGCCGGAGAUUUAACCUGCAUUCAGAGGGUCCUGUCUAUUUGCACACAUCCAGCCUCCUCAUUGUGAGGGCCGCCUCUGUAGAAUGACCCUGCAAUGAUCCAGAAGAGGAAGAACGUGAUUCUGCUUGAGGAUGGAAACAGAGACAUUAGCCAAACCUGUUAACCAAAGGACUGGCAGUCCAAGGGAUAAGGAUCCCUUUGCCCACUCGGCCGACACUAUCAAAAUGUUUGUCAAAGUCACUGGAUAAGCAAAGACCAAAGGUCAGUCCCAGCAACAUUUCCAUUGUAGGGCUCUGACAUGUAUUUUCUGCUUGGUUUGCUUCUGGAAGAAUCUGGAAACAGAGGAGGAAAAUUAUGAAGACCAACAAGCUCUCCUCUGUUAUAGCUUCUUCCUCUUGAGAGAUGGGGUAAGAAGAGCAAACUGCUGACUCUGAUAAAUUCUCUCCCUGCUGCCUCUCUGCUGAGGUUACUUCCCCAUUUGCUGGAAGGGACAUUAUUCUGCCAGAAGCAGGUGGUGCUGAAAAGGAGGUGAAAGCCUAGAGCAAUUUCCAAAGGUAUCUUAGGAAAUCGGCUUCAAAAUGGCAGUUAUUACAGCAUACUUGACACUGUGGGUCUGCUUGCUGGAUGUUUUCUCAGUGGCUUGGAGCCGUCGAAUGGCUGGUGGAGGCCCUGUAAUACUGGAUCACCCAUUCAUCACUGUCUGGAAUGCUCCCAGUCGAGAAUGUGAAGAGAAAUACAGAGUAUCCCUGGACUUGGGGAUUUUUGAUGUGGUUGCCAACCAGAACGAAUCAUUCACAGGGAGCGACAUUACCCUUUUCUACAGCCACAGGUUAGGAUAUUAUCCAUACUACACUGAGAACGGCACAGCAGUCAAUGGGGGCACCCCCCAAAAUGCCAGCCUCAAUAGUCAUCUUUGGAAGACUUGGCAAGAUAUUGAAAAAACAAUUUCGGAGGCAGGUUUCAAAGGUCUGGCGGUCGUGGACUGGGAGAGCUGGCGUCCCUUGUGGGUUCGCAACUGGAACUCCAUGCAGAUCUACCGGAAUAAAUCCAUAGAGCUGGUGAAGGAGCAGCACCCCGACUGGCCUGCUGAUAAGGUGGCUAGGGAAGCUAAGCGAGAAUUCGAGCAAAUGAGUCGGGCGUUCAUGGAGCUGACUUUGGCGCUUGGCCGAAGCCUGAGGCCAGAGGGUUUCUGGGGCUUCUAUGGCUUCCCUGACUGCUAUAACAAUGAAUACAAAAGCACCGAUUACACCGGAGAAUGUCCAGAGAUUGAGAAGCAGAGGAAUGACGAAUUGCAGUGGCUGUGGAACCAAAGCCGAGUUCUCUAUCCCAGCAUUUAUCUUCCCAAAGAGCUCAGAUUCCUCAACAAGACUCUUGAGUUUGUCCGUCAUCGAGUCCAAGAGGCAUUCAGGAUAGUGAACCAGACGGGGAAUGGAAGCAUCCCAGUCUUGCCUUAUGCUUCCAUUGAAUAUCAGCCCACACAGACACAGAGCUUCCUGUCACAGGAGGACCUGGUCCACACCAUUGGUGAGAGUGCUUCUCAAGGUGCUGCUGGGGUCAUCUUGUGGGGGAGCACAAAUGACAGUAACUCUGAGGAAGCCUGCCUCGAUGUGAAGAAGUACGUGGACACUGUCCUUGGUCCGUACAUUGUAAACGUGACCAGCAGCACCAGGCUGUGUAGCCAGAUUUUGUGUUCAAAGAACGGCCGCUGUGUGCGGCAGGACGGGCACCUCGAUGCUUUUCUGCACCUCACUCCUGCCAGCUUCUCUAUUCAGAGGCAUUCAGAAGAGCCACACUUUGUUGUCAGGGGUCAGAUGUCAGCCAAGGAGCAAGUCCAGAUGGCCAAAGAAUUUGCAUGCCAAUGUUACAGUGGCUGGGAAGGCUCGCAGUGUGAGAAAAAGUCAACUUAAGAGAGAGAGGCACCUUAUCUGUUUGCACAGGCACUUACCGUAUUUUUCGCUCCAUAAGAUGCACCUGACCAUAAGACGCACCUAGUUUUUAGAGGAGGAAAACACGGAGAAAAAUAUUCUGAAUCAAAUGUUGUACUAAACUAUUUAAAGCAGCAAAGCGGGCAGCUCCUGUCCGCUUUGCUGCUUUAAAGCGAGCCUCAGAGGAGGGAAGGAAGGAGAGCCAUGGAUCCUCCGCUCGCAACUGCAGCGGGAUCCCGCCGCCGUCCAUAGGCAUUCACUCCCCUUACUUUUUAGGAGGAAAAAAGUGCGUCUUAUGGAGCGAAAAAUAUGGUAAUUGGCAAGGAAAGCUGCAGGAAAGGCACAUUGCACCAGCCUGUACUCCUUAGGGAUAUAAAAAUCUCUUCUCUCUCUCUCUCUUCCCUCACCACUACACACUUAUGAGAGGAUCUCCACAUGUACCUUCUGGUCAACAUGUGCUUAUACAUACUUUCCCCAGAAGCACAUACUUGGCUUUCUCCUGA